UGUUCAUGUCUUUUUUACUCUUUUUGCAUCUGGGCUGUAUAACAUGCGAAAUGAUCAAAGUUACAAGAAGAUCGCCUGUACUUCCUCUCACGGUUGCCUGGUGAACUCAUCGCUGAGAGCCCCGUUAAAGUUUUACAGUGUUCAAGUCUCCGAUUGUCAGGUAUGCAUUAUGCAUGUCUGUUCUUAUGUAUACGGUUCUAAUGGAAAACGUCCCCAACACGCCGGUGCGCAUGUAAUUCGAGUCUCUCACGUAUAUCCAUUUCCGUCAAUAUAUGUUCUUCGCUUUCCAAAGCCUACCGUUGUGCUUUGCUUGUUUAUAGAAUUUAGUUGAGUCUGGAAAGGAAGUAUCCAGCAGUCUUUUACGAUCUUGAUCAUUGUACUGCAGAGCGGGAGGCUAUGUCGUUGAACGAAUAGAAUAUAUCUUGUUAUCAGUAGCUGAGCGCAAUAACAGAUUUCUGCGAAUGGUCUUGACGAUGACUUGGAUGAUGUCGAAG